GGAGACAAGUACCGAUCCAGGCACCUCGUUGGCAUUCAACGACAAAUCGGCGGCUUUAGCUUCGGUUCGCGCGUCCUGUACGUACAUGCCAGAGGUCCAGAGCCGUUCGACGAUCGAUUGUGUCUGUGGGCCCUUUAUAGGAGCCACUGGCAGCCGGCCACAACCAACAUAGACAAGACCACACGAUGGCGCCCUUGACCGCGUCCCUCUUCUCCCUUUACCUUCUCGCUCUCCUGGGCCAGUCGGCAAACGCCCUCCAUGUAACCAACUCUAGCUCCUCCUCAGCCGCCGUCCACUGGCUAGGUGUCAAGCCCUCGCUGAAUCUGGGCGCUACCUUUGGACUUCCAUGGCCAAGGGGUGCAUACUUCCCAAACGACACGACUUUCUUGGUUUCGGACUCUUCAGGUCAGAGCAUAGACCUGCAGUCCUGGGCGACAGGCUACUGGCCAGAUGGCUCCUUGAAAUGGACAGGCCAUGCCAUCCCAGCGUCGGACUCGGUCCCUCAAGGCUACACGGUCAAGGCAGUUCCAUCGUCCCGCAGUUCGACUCGGAGCAACUCAGCCCUACGACGGAGAAAAACAUCGGGUGUCACCGUGACCGAGUCGGCCCAACAUAUCAAGGUUGACACGGGCAAGAUCUCGGUCUCAUUUCCCAAAUCCGGCAACGCCGUCAUCGACGAGAUCAAGACUGCAGCCGGCAAGAAGGUCGGCAAGAACGGACGGUUGGUGCUCCAGUCACAGGACGCCGUAUCCGCCACGUCCGACGUCCGUGGUGAGAUUUCCAUCAACUACUUCAACUUCCAAAGCCGCAUUAGCAAUGUCAGUGUCAGCGACUUGACUUCAGUGCGCACCCUUGUUACCGUCAAAGGACAGCACUCACCGUCGGACGGCUCGUCACAUGGCGAUUGGCUGCCUUUUGUUUUGAGAUUCUACUUGUAUGCCAACUCCAGCGCCAUCAGGCUUGUGCACAGCCUUGUGUUUGACGGGAAUGCGACAAGCGACUUCAUCACCGGCGUCGGCGUCCGUUUGGAUGUUCCAUUGGAGGGAGAAGAGCAGUACAACCGCCAUGUGAGGAUUUCAGGGGUAAACGGUGGCUUUUUCAACGAAGCCGUGCAAGGAAUCACCGGGCUGCGACGCGAUCCAGGGAGCGCUGUCAGAACGGCCCAGGUUGCAGGGGAGAAACUGCCUGACAUCUCUACAUGGGCCACCACCGUCUCGUCCAGGAUGCGCUGGAUCCCCACUUGGAACGACUACAGUCUGAGUCAACUCUCUUCUGACGGCUUCACCCUCCGUAAGCGAACCAAGGCCGGACAAAGUUGGCUCAACAUCCCAGGCGGCACUCGCUCCGAAGGCCUUGCAUACCUUGGGGGAGCCACAGUCGGCGGCCUUGCUGUUGGUCUGCGAGACUUUUGGAAGCGAUACCCUACCGGCCUUGACAUCACCAACGCCGCCUCCGACACUGGGUCUAUCACGCUGUGGUUGUACAGUCCUUUGGCGCAGCCGCUGGAUCUCCACCCUUACCACGACGGCUUGGGUCAAGAGGACUAUGCUGAUCAGCUUGAUGCCCUCGAAAUCACAUACGAAGACUACGAACCUGGAUUCGACACGCCCUAUGGAAUUGCUCGGACCAGCGAGAUUUCACUGUUUGCAUUCGAAAAGACGCCCCCAGGAGAAACGCUCUCCUCGCUCGUCAAGCAUCUCAACAACCCGCCAGUGCUCGUAGCCACCCCAGAGCACAUCAGGGACUCCAAGGCGCUUGGAACGUACUGGGACCUUCCAAACAAUAGCACCCAGGCCGCCAGCACGAUAGAGCACCAUCUGGACUUCUUUGCCAAGUUCUACCAGGGCCAGGUUGAGCAGCGUAGAUGGUAUGGAUUUCUCGACUACGGCGACUUCAUGCACACGUACGACGUGGACCGACACAUGUGGCGAUACGACAUUGGGGGGUAUGCAUGGGAUAAUUCGGAGCUCUCGCCCGAUCUUUUUUUCUGGCUGUACUUUUUGCGCACCGGCCGCGAGGACGUCUACCGGUUCGCCGAGGCGCUGACCCGCCACACGGGCGAAGUCGACGUCUACCACAUCGGCAAGUGGAAGGGGCUGGGAACCCGGCACGGCGUUCAGCACUGGAGCGACAGCGCCAAGCAAGCCCGCAUCUCGCAACCCCAGUAUCGCAAGUACUUUUACUAUCUGUCUGGGGGCGACGAGCGCGUCGGGGAGCUGCUCGAGGAGCUUCUCGACACGGACAAGACGUACGGCGUCUUGGACCCCAACCGCAAAGUCCGCACCGACGGAUGGACGCCUUCCCCGGGCUCGACCGUCGCCAUCGGCCUCGGCACCGACUGGUCCGCGCUCGCGGCCGGAUGGCUUAUUGACUGGGAGCGACGGACGCCACGCUGGAACGAGUCCAGGACCAAGCUCAUCAACACCAUGGCCGGCAUCGCCAAUCUCACCAACGGUUUCGUCACGGGCUCUGGAUUGUACAACCUAACCUCGUGGACGCUCGGUCCUCCCCCGGCAGACCCAGCCAACCGCGGCAACGUGUCCGUCUCGCAUCUGUCCGCCGUCUUUGGUCUGGUCGAGGUGGUUUCGGAGCUGAUUGAGUGGUUCGGCGACGAGGAGCUGCCCAAGGGGUUUAAGUCGGCCUGGCUCGACUACUGCUACUACUUUGGCGCGCCAAAAGCCGAGCAGGCGGCCCGCUACGGCGUCAAUUUUGGCACGCUGAACCUGUAUCAGGGCCACUCCCGCCUUACAGCGUACGCUGGGCGCGAGCGCAACAACAAGACCAUCGAGUACCGUGCCUGGAAGGAGUUCUAUGGCACGGAUGGGCUUAAGGAGAGCGCCCCCUGGAAUGCGACGCGCGUCGGUGGGAGCAAGGUGUUGAUCCCGGUGGAUGAGGCAAGCUGGCUCGCCACCAAUGAUGUUGCGCAGUAUGGUUUGGCGGCCAUUGAGAACCUCGCCUUUGCGGGAGAUGAGUUGGCAAGUUACCCCUGAUGGCCGGGGAACUUGAGGGGUCUGGCCCUGUGCUGAAUAAGGGGGAGGGGAAAAGAAGAGAGAUGGAGCCGGAUCUUGCAGCGAGGAAGCUUGUAACAAGCCCUACUUGGUACACUAGCUAACUAAUUG